CCACCGCAAAGUGACAUGAUGUUGAUUCGAAAAUCUGCCAACAACAGGCACGAGGCAACAAUCUGGUUGCUGAUAGUGUACAUUUUGCAAUCUUUCGUCUCCGGAACGGUGGUCCAAAUUGAAAAUGGACCUAUCAUUGGUGAACAACGGGAGCAUUUCUACGCGUUCGAGGGACUACCGUACGCCAAGGCACCGGUAGGGGAGCUCCGCUUUGCUCCUUCCGAACCGUACAGUGAUCGAUGGACGGAGCCACGGAACGCCACACACCUUGGAUCGUUCUGCAUGCAGUGGAACCAUCUCGUGCCGGGCAAGGAUAAACUGCUCGGCGAGGAGGACUGUCUGUUUGCUAACGUCUACACUACCUCACUCGAUGAAUCGGCUGGCCUUUCCACGAUCGUGUAUAUACACGGCGGUGCGUUCAUGUUCGGUGGAGGAGGUUUCUUCUCACCAGACCACCUGCUGCAGAAACCGAUGGUUCUGGUCACUUUCAACUACCGCCUCGGACCGCUAGGCUUCCUCAGCACGGAAGAUGAUGUGCUGCCGGGUAACUACGGGCUUAAGGAUCAAGUGAUGCUACUGCAAUGGGUCAAACGGAACAUCCGCCAUUUCGGUGGUGAUCCCGAACGGGUAACGCUGGCCGGAUUUUCGGCCGGUGGUGCCAGCGUACAUCUGCACUACCUAUCGCCAAUGUCCCGGGGAUUGUUCCAGAACGGUAUAGCCCACAGUGGAACCGCACUGAAUCCGUGGGUGUUGGCUGAAGAAUCGGCGGCCAAAACGAAGAGUAUCGCCAGUGCACUGGAUUGCCAAACUAAUAAUGGCCAGGCGCUGGUUGAUUGUCUACGAAAACGUCCCGCCGAGGAUAUCGUUCGUCAGGUGCCGAUUCUGCUCGAUUAUCUCUACAAUCCUUUCUCGCCGCUUGGCGUAGUGAUCGAGAAGCAAAGUAAGCUGAACCGUAAACCCUUCCUUCCCGAUCAUCCGUUGGUGCUUUCGAAGAAGGGAAAGCUAACGAAAGUGCCACUCGUACUGUCAGUGACGCAGGCGGAAGGCUUGUAUCCGGGCGCUGAGUUCAUUAGCAAUCCGGCGUAUCUCGAGGAUAUUAACGAGCACUGGAAUGAACUGCUACCGAGCAUACUGGACUACAAGUCAGCCGUACGGGAUCCACAGCAACGGUACGAGCUAGCGGUGACAAUCAGUGAGCGCUACUUCGGAAAGGAACGCCAAUUGACGCCCGAAAACUUUGAUCAGUUUGUAUCUAUUCUUUCCAACCGGCUGUUCUUCCAAGGAGUGACCAAAACGGCCAAGCUUCUGCAGCCACAUAUUCCGGUGUAUUUCUACUACUUCAAUUUUAAGGCCGUUUACGGUCUAGGCGAACUGGUAUCCGGUUUGGCAGGCGAGCGAAACCUAGGUGUAGCGCACGGAGAAGAUACGUUCCUGCUUUACCCCAGCAGUAUGCGUGAUGAACAUCCAUACAGUGCGACCGAGCUGAAGGUAGUGUCUAAUCUCGUUACCCUGUACGAUACCUUCUCUCGUGGACUACCACCGAGGUAUGGUGAGCAGGAGCUGCCCAUCCAGAACGUUACCGGACAGCUACGGUUUCUAGAAAUUCGACAUCCCGCGACAGAAAUGAAGACGGCGUACGGAGUAAGCGAUGAGGCGUUCUGGGACAAAUUGAAUUUCAACGAGCUUCCAGUAAUCAAAAACAGUCCCACCGAUUCCCAUACCGAGCUGUAGACAGCAAACGGAGCUGAAGAAUUUGAUAACGGAACGGGACUUGCCUUUCUUAUCAAUCAGCAAACCCGGAAACAGCUUCCUAUGACAGCUUAUCGGCACGUAACCCAAAUUUCUAACUGCCGUUUAGUUACAAAACUCUCACAUUCUACGUUCGAUCGUG